GUCAAUGGGUGUGGUCUGAAGAUACGGCCUGUGGUCAGGGAAGAGAUCAGCCAACAGAAAAAGAUAACAAAUAAAGGAGAGAAAAAUUUCUGGGCAGAAAUUUUGCUGCUCGCCCAGCUUCAUAGAAAUCGCUAUUGGGAAGGCAUCCGUGGUCAGAUUAUACUGAAAUUUUGACAGGAGGUUCUCAAGACACAGACCUAAAUUCUGAACGGUGGAGAUUGGAUUUUGACGGUCAGAUCGUCUGGAAUCAUUUCCGAACAGACCUGCAGUUUUUAGGGUGAUUUCAAUCCUUUUUCAUCCUCUUUGUAUCUUUGUUGAAGUUUUAUACUUCUUGAGCUGUUGUAUCAUCAUAUUUGAUGUUUGGAGACUCUCUUGUACUCAUUCCUUGUUGAUUAGUGAAGAGUUUGGGUGGAUGGAGGCCCCGUGGUUUUUCCUCUUCGAUUUGGAGGGGUUUUCCACGUAAAAAAUCAUGGUGUUCUGUGUGUGCUUGGUUUCAUUUCAUUUUUACAGCUUUCUCCAUAUAUGUUUUUGAUGUCAUUCACUGCUACCUGCUAUUAAACCGGGAUCCUGUGAGUUUCUUGCAAGCUUGGAAGAAUUCUUGUCAAGUAUAUUUGGACUGUUUUGGGUUUGUGGUUGAAUUACUUUGACAGGCAGUGUUUUUCUUCCCUACAAAUUGGUAUCAAAGCUUGUAGUUAUUCCUGUGUUAUCUGCUUGUUUGAAAUAUGGAGCCGAAUAUUAGUAGGAUGAUUUGUUUGAAUGGCAAGAAUUAUCACAACUGGAGUGGUAAAAUGAAAGAUUUGCUAUAUGUUAAAAGUCUCCAUUUACCUGUAUUCGGAACUAAGCCUGAGAAUAAAUCUGAUGAAGUCUGGGGUUUUGAAAAUCAGCAAGUCUGUGGUUAUAUCAGAUGUUGGGUGGAAGAAAAUGUUAGAAAUCAUAUAGCAAAGGAAACAAAUGCCAAAAACUUGUGGACGAACCUUAAAAACAUGUAUGCUGCUAAAACAGGAAAUAAUAAAUUGUUUCUGUUAAAGCAAAUGAUGAAUUUGAGAUAUAAAGAGGGCACUUCUGUUUUGGAUCAUGUUAAUGAAUUUCAAGGCCUAGUUGAUCAGAUGACUGACGUUGGUAUUAAAUUUGAAGAAGAAAUAUUGGGACUUUGGUUGCUUAACAGUUUACCCGAUUCUUGGGAAACUUUCCGAACUUCUUUUACUAACAAUGCUCCUACUGGUUCUAUGUCUUUAGGGUAUGCUAGAGAUGGCAUUUUAAAUGAGGAGGUUAGAAGAAGGACUCCAGGUACAAACUCAUCCCAGUCAGAAGUUUUUGUUACUGAAGACAGGGGGAGAAACCAGAACAAGUUUCAAGGUUAUAGAGGCAAAAGCAGAAGUAAGUCCAGGUCCCGGUUUAAGGAUAUGGAAUGUCAUUACUGUGGAAAGAAAGGUCAUAUCAAGAAGCAUUGCUUUAAAUUGAAGAAGGACAGGAAAAAUGGCAACAAUUCUGAUGUGAAAAAUGACAACAAUGGUGACCGCGUUGCUGCUGCCACUCCGGGAGAUCUUGUUAUUGUUCAUGAUGAUGUGAUCAAUUUUUCAUCUCAUGACACUGAUUGGGUAGUAGACACUGGCGCCUCACUUCAUGUUACGUCUAAAAAGGAGUUCUUCAGUUCCUACACUCCAGGUGAUUUUGGAGUUCUCAGGAUGGGCAAUGAUGGUGUGUCAAAGGUUAUUGGCAUGGGUGAUGUGUGUUUGCAGACUAGUAAUGGCACUCAAUUGAUCCUUAAAGAUGUCAGACAUGCUCCAGAUAUUCGCCUAAAUUUGAUCUCAGUUGGAAGACUUGACAAUGAUGGUUUCUGCAACAGUUUUAUUGGCGGGGAGUGGAAGCUCUCCAAGGGUUCAUUGAUUGUGGCUCGUGGGAAGAAGUCUUCUAAUCUUUAUUUAUUGCAGGCUUUCGUUUCUGGCAGCAUCAAUGCAGUGGACAGCAAAGUCUCAUUUGAUUUAUGGCAUAGACGACUUAGCCAUAUUAGUGAAAAGGGACUUAAUUGUUUAAUUAGAAACAAUGUUAUUUCUGGACUUGGUACAACAAAGUUAAACAAGUGUGAUCAUUGCAUGGCGGGAAAACAAAACAGAGUGUCCUUCAAGAGUAAUUCUCCUCACAGAAAAUCAAGCGUGUUGGAGUUGAUUCAUUCCGAUGUGUGUGGUCCUUUAAAGGUACAAUCUUUUAGCGGUGCAUCUUAUUUUGUGACUUUCAUUGAUGACUAUUCUAGAAAGGUGUGGGUCUAUGCUUUAAAGACCAAGGAUCAAGUUCUAGAUAAGUUUAUGGAAUUUCAAGCUCUUGUUGAGAGGCAGACGGGAAAGAAAGUCAAGUGCAUCCGAACAGAUAAUGGUGGUGAAUAUUGUGGUCCAUUUGAUCAUUAUUGCAGAAAACUAGGGAUAAGGCAUCAGAAGACUCCUCCCAAAACUCCUCAGCUAAAUGGUUUGGCAGAAAGAAUGAACAGAACUUUAAUUGAGAGAGUUCGUUGUUUACUUUCUGAAGCUAAGCUAUCACCGAGCUUCUGGGGUGAAGCUUUGUACGCAGCAGUUCAUGUGAUUAAUCUGUCCCCAGCUUAUGCUUUAGAUGGAGAUGUUCCAGAGAAUGUUUGGUCAGGCAAGAAAUCUUCUUAUGAUCAUUUGAGAGUCUUUGGUUGUAAGGCUUUUGUUCAUAUUCCUAAAGAUGAACGGUCUAAACUUGAGGCAAAGACUAGACAAUGUAUCUUUCUAGGUUAUGGCCAGGAUGAGUUUGGGUACAGGUUAUAUGAUCCAGUUGAGAAGAAACUUGUCAGAAGCAGAGAUGUUGUAUUCUGUGAAGAUCAAACUAUUAAGGAUAUUCAGAAGGUUCAGAUGACAGCAACACAGAUGUAUGAUGAUCUUGUUGACUUGGGUGAUGAGGGGACUCGUAAUGAGUCUACGAUUGUUGAUGAUACGACUCAGCCCGAUACACACCAGGAUACAGUUGACACUCAGACUCCAGAGGAUGAAACUAUUGAUAUUCAACAUCCAGAAGUUACAUAUAUGCCAGAGGAAUCACAUGAAGCUCCAAUUCCUAUGAGACGGACUACAAGAGCUAAAAUACCUUCUAUUAGGUAUAAUCCUGACACUUAUGUGCUCUUGAAUGACGGGGGAGAACCUGAAUGCUUUGAUGAAGUACUGGAAAGUGAGCAAAAAGAUAAGUGGUUCAGGACAAUGCAAGAUGAGAUGGAAUCUUUGCAUGAUAAUCAUACCUUUGAUUUGGUAAAGUUACCCACUGGUAAGAGAGCUUUGAAGAAUAGGUGGGUUUACAGGUUAAAACAGGAGGAACAUUCCUCAAACCCACGAUACAAAGCUAGAUUAGUAGUCAAAGGUUUUAAUCAGAGAAAAGGAGUUGAUUUUUCUGAAAUUUUUUCUCCUGUUGUGAAAAUGUCUUCCAUUAGAGUUGUGCUUGCUUUAGCUGCUAUUCUUGAUUUGGAGGUUGAGCAAAUGGAUGUGAAGACAGCUUUUCUUCAUGGUAAUCUUGAGGAAGAGAUUUUGUAACACCCUACCCGAACCGGCCCCGCCGAUCCGAGCGGUGUGUCACGUGGCAGAAGUCAAAACGGAUUUAACCAGAAGACUUUUAGUUAUUUAAACAAAAUUAAGUAUUUAAGUAAAACAUUUUAAUUCAAAUGUCAACUUAUUAUUCAAUACUUGAAAAUAUCAAGUCAACAUAAAGCAAUU